AUGGCCAUGUUUCUUGGGGAAGGAGAUGACGAAAUUCAUGACCGAGCGCCAGGAGAGGUAGCCGCCGCCAAUUUUAACAAGCCUUGGACCAUGUUUUUCAAUGGGUCGUCAUAUGAUACCGUCGGAGGAGCGGGAGUAGUGUUCAAAGCACCACAAGGAGAAUUGUUCUCAUAUUCAUUCAAGUUGGACUUCCCCUGCAGUAACAAUGUCGUUGAAUAUGAAGCUUUGAUCAUAGGGCUCAGGAUGGUGAAGGAGCUUGGCCUAGGAGGCGUCGAGAUAAAAGGCGACUCGAGGUUGGUAACCAAUCAAGUCAACGGGGACUUCCACGUCAAACAACCACAUUUAUCCCCAUAUCGAGCAGAGGCUCAAAACCUGAUAAGUCGAACAGGGUCGACCCUAGAUCAUACAGGUAGAGGCAAGAACAAACACGCAGAUGUCCUGGAAACACUAGCUAGCAAGAUACAUCUAAAUGAUAAGGAAGAGGGUACAGUAACAGUCCAAAGGAAGGAGUUUCCCAACACCUGGAAAGAAGACAUGGCCUUCGAAGAAGCAUAUGAUUGGAGGAGGACUUACAUCGACGAAUUGACCAAAACAGAGGAGGAUCGUGUAAUACCUACCCAAACUUGA